UAUAAGGAAAGAUGUUGUCAUCUGUCAGGAGUUUAGGAGGAGUGAGGAAUUGGAGGAGAGGAUUUUGUACGAAAGAGAGGAGAGAAGUGGUGGUGGGAGCAAAGACGGUGUUUAGAGUGAAGCAGGGGGAUUUGUGAAGGUUGGAAGUAGAUGCGAUUGUUAAUGCGGCGAAUAGUAAGCUUCAGCAUGGAGGUGGGCUUGCGAAGGCUAUUUCAGAUAGAGGUGGACCUCUUGUGCAGAUUGAGUCAGAUGAAUAUUUGAGAGCUAAUGGGCAAGUUGAUAUAUUUUCAUUAAUUGGAUUUUAAUAAGUUUUACUUGGAUUAAAAUUUUAGAAGAUUAGUCUUCAUGAAUAUAAUGUUUUUAUAGAAAUUUCAUUAGUACAGGAAUGGUCGGAGUCACAGGUCCUGGAAAUCUCCCAUGCAAGCACAUAAUUCACGCUGUUGGUCCUAUCUGGAAAGGAGGGAGCAACAAUGAGCCUGAAUUAUUAAAAUCAGCUAUUCUACAAUCAAUAUUCAAAGCUGAAGAACUAAACUGUAAAUCUCUAGCUUUACCAGCGAUAUCUUCAGGAAUCUAUGGGUAUCCUGUAUAUGAAUGUGCCAAGAUAUUUAUGACCACUAUCAGUUCACAUUUCACACCAACUGUUUCAACCCAAAUUGAAGACUUAAGCAUUACAAUCAUCGAUGACCCUACCCUCAACAUAUUCUUAAA